AUGGAUGUCAACAAUACCUUUCUUUAUGGCGACUUGGAUAAAGAGGUAUACAUGAAGAUCCCACCUGGUUUUGCCAAACAGGGGGAGCAUCACGUUUGUCGCAUUCACAAGUUCCUUAAUGGCCUCAAACAGACAUCUCAUAACUGGUUUUCGAAGUUCUUAACUGUCCUUGAUGCUGGUUUUUCACAGUCCAAGGUUUACCACUCCUUAUUCACCUCAUGUGGCAUGUCAUCUUUUACAAGUGUUUUGGUCUAUGUUGACGACAUUAUCAUCACUGGUGAUGAUCCUACUUCAAUCAGCAUCUUGAAGUGUUUCCUCCAUUCCCAUUUUCAAAUUAAAGAUCUAGGACCAUUGAAGUAUUCCCUAGGCAUUGAGGUAGCUAACUCUAAAAAUGGCAUCCAUCUCUCUCAACAGAAGUGUGCUUUGGACAUUUUCACUGAUGUUGGUUUUCUUGGUGGUCGUCAUUGUGAAUUUCCCAUGGAACCCAAUCUCAAGCUCACACCUGAUAAUGAUACACUUUUUACUGAUCUUGUUGUUUACCGUCACCUUGUCGAAUGCCUACUAUACCUCACCAUCACUCAACCUGAUCUAGCAUAUUAUGUAAAUGUCUUAAGUCACUUCAUGAACACACCACGGGAACCCCAUUGGCAAGUGGCUCUUCGUGUUGUUCGCUACAUUAAAUCCAGCCCCAGUACUGGUAUAUUUUUCUGUACUACUAGCCCACUAGUUUUAACAACCUACUCUGGUUCAGAUUGGGCUGCUUGUUCCACUACACAACGAUCCAUCACAGGUUACUGUACUUUUCUUAGCACAAGCCCUAUAUCUUGGAAGUCCAAGAAACAACAUGCAGUCUCGCGGUCCUCUGUUGAAGCCAAAUAUCAUGUUAUGGCAUCUACUGCUUGUGAAAUCACUUGGCUCCAAUAG